GCUUUUUGUAAACAACAAGUAUCUUAACAAGCCUUGCAAAUUAUAAAGUUGCUGAUGUUUGUAAUUUAUGUGAGAUCAACAAAUUAAGGGGUAUUUGGGGAGGUUUCUGAGAAUGCCUGCCUUUGUGUUUUCACGGGCAGGCUUGCAGCUCUCACCCUUCACCUAUCCCCUGGGACAAGUAUAAUUCCUGUAUCAUCUUUUGAAAUAUACCUGAGCAUAUUUCUACCAAAACAGUGAUGGGGAGUGGGGAGGGUUUUGUUUGUUUGUUGUUUUUGUUUUGUUUCGGUUUUGUGAUUGUGCUUUUGAAUUUCAGACAGGAAGACUAAAUGUACUGUUUUAGUCCAUUCUGCAAGGACUAAACUAAUUAAGUGCUAAUCGACUUUCCAGCACCUAUAAAGAGCUGAGGCUGUCAUGUGCUGCAGUCACGUCUCUCACCGCCAGCCUGCACUGGGAUGAUAAUCAGUCACUAUGAAAACUCAUUAGCUCCACAGCAAUGAGCCCUCCACUGCUGAAGCUUGGUGCUGUUCUUAGCACCGUGGCAAUGAUCUCUAACUGGAUGUCCCAAACUCUCCCAUCUCUGGUAGGACUAAAUACCACCAGACUAUCUACUUCAGAUACUCUAACUCAGAUUAGCCCCAAGGAAGGAUGGCAAGUUUAUAGUUCAGCCCAAGAUCCUGAUGGCCGUUGCAUUUGUACUGUUGUUGCACCUGAACAAAACCUAUGUUCAAGAGAUGCCAAGAGCAGACAACUUAGACAGCUGCUAGAGAAGGUUCAGAAUAUGUCCCAAUCUAUUGAAGUUUUAAAUCUACGGACUCAGAGGGAUUUCCAGUAUGUUUUAAAAAUGGAAACACAAAUGAAAGGGCUGAAGGCCAAGUUUCGGCAAAUUGAAGAUGAUCGGAAGACAUUAAUGACAAAGCAUUUUCAAGAGUUGAAAGAAAAGAUGGAUGAGCUCCUGCCACUGAUCCCAGUUCUGGAACAAUACAAAACUGAUGCCAAACUAAUCAUCCAGUUCAAGGAAGAAAUUAGGAAUCUGUCUACUGUCCUCACUGGGAUUCAGGAAGAAAUUGGUGCUUAUGACUAUGAGGAACUACACCAGCGGGUGCUCAGUUUAGAAACCAGGCUUCGAGACUGCAUGAAAAAGCUCACAUGUGGCAAAUUGAUGAAAAUUACAGGCCCCAUUACAGUCAAGAUAUCCGGAACCCGAUUUGGAGCCUGGAUGACAGAUCCAUUAGCAUCAGAGAAAAACAACCGAGUCUGGUACAUGGACAGUUACACUAACAAUAAAAUUGUCCGCGAAUAUAAAUCAAUUGCAGACUUCGUCAGUGGGGCUGAAUCACGGACAUACAACCUUCCAUUCAAAUGGGCAGGAACCAACCACGUUGUCUACAAUGGCUCCCUCUAUUUCAACAAGUAUCAGAGCAACAUCAUCAUCAAAUACAGCUUUGACACUGGGCGGGUGCUUGCACAGCGUAGCCUUGAGUAUGCCGGCUUUCACAAUGUCUACCCUUACACCUGGGGUGGCUUUUCUGAUAUUGACCUGAUGGCAGAUGAGAUUGGGCUAUGGGCUGUGUAUGCCACCAACCAGAAUGCAGGCAACAUUGUCAUCAGCCAGCUAAACCAAGACACGCUGGAGGUGCUGAAGAGCUGGAGCACAGGAUACCCAAAGAGAAGCGCUGGAGAAUCCUUCAUGAUCUGUGGCACCUUGUAUGUUACUAACUCUCACCUAACAGGAGCCAAGGUCUACUACUCUUACUCCACCAAAACCUCCACUUACGAAUACACAGACAUUCCUUUCCAUAAUCAGUAUUUUCAUAUAUCCAUGCUUGACUACAAUGCAAGGGAUAGAGCUCUCUAUGCCUGGAAUAACGGACAUCAAGUCCUGUUUAAUGUCACCCUUUUCCACGUCAUUAAGACUGAAGAUGACACAUAAUUCUCUUUCCCUUUCCUUUCCCUCACCUCCCACCCUCAAAGCAGUGUCAUUUGUGAUAAAUUCUAAAGCCUUCAUCUCUCUCUAUUCCUUUUAAUUUACAUUUCCUUUUUCCAUUAAGGAAAAGCAACAUUUUGUACUACACAAUGCAUUUCAAAUAUGGCUGAGCCUGUCAAAAAUGACCUGUUGGACAUAAAAGCAUCUUAACUCAUGAUUCUACAAGGUCUUGAUGGACCUUAUUGUGAAAGCACUAAAAAGGAUUUAAGUGACUAAAGACAGUUUUAAAAAGAUUAUGAUCUGCCUUAUUGUAGAGUCAGAGACUAAUGGUGGCUUAAAUGCAUGAAUGUCUUUUUUUUUUUUACCUCAUUUUUGAUUUUAAUCUAUUGUUCAACAUCAGGAAACAUUUUGGUAGCAGACAUAUUGCACACUGUAUUUUUUUUUAUUAUUAUUAUUCUAAAGGAAAGAUUUAGGAAUUUAAUUUACAUGAACAUGGAGUAUGACUCAUUUUGCCAUCAAUCAAUUUCAGAUGUGGUGCUGUAUAGUAUGUUUUUAAAUCUCUUGCAAACAUUUUAUCAACAGUAUGUAUUUCUACCAUUGUAACCACCAUUGUGCAAUUGUAUCUCUUCACUUCUGUGAAAGUAAACUAAGUACUAUUUUUUAUAAAAUAUAUUGAAGC